UUCCCCACGGAAUGUCCCCGGGGCGCCCUGCGCGCUGACCCCCGAGCCGCCAACGCCUUCGGCGCCUGCUGCCUCUCUCGGGCGGGCUCGGUGUUUGGGACUGCAAGCUUCCCGGCGCCUGGGCAGUGGGGAAGCCCCCGGGGGCGGGUGACCUCAGCUGGCCAGGACCCAGCCCUCCCCCGUGCGUAUCUCGCUUAAGAUGGCAGCGGAGUCAGGGGAACUAAUCGGGGCUUGCGAGUUCAUGAAAGAUCGGUUAUAUUUUGCUACUUUAAGGAAUAGACCAAAAAGCACAGUAAAUACCCACUAUUUCUCCAUCGAUGAGGAGCUGGUCUAUGAAAAUUUCUAUGCAGAUUUUGGACCUCUGAACUUGGCAAUGGUGUACAGAUACUGCUGUAAACUAAACAAGAAACUAAAAGCUCUCAGCUCCCUUCCGAUGUCUCUUGUCUGCAGCCCACGGUCACUCAUUUUGCCAAAGAAAAUUUUCAAGAAUAUCCCUUUCCUGGGAAAGUUGGAGGUAAAACAUGUAGAGGUCAUGGCUGCUCACAGGAAGACCUGUUCAUUUUAUCGCUUUUGCAAUGGAAUGACCACUGAUUGCUAUGGAGACGCUGAUUGCUGCAGCCAUUACUGGGCUAGCCUAGUCACUUCAUACAGUUUAUCACGAAAGAAAAUUGUGCACUACACCUGUUUUGACCAACGGAAAAGAGCAAAUGCAGCAUUUUUGAUAGGUGCUUAUGCCGUAAUCUAUUUAAAGAAGACACCAGAAGAAGCCUACAGAGCACUCCUAUCUGGCUCAAAUCCCCCCUAUCUUCCAUUCAGGGAUGCUUCCUUUGGAAAUUGCACUUACAAUCUCACCAUCCUCGACUGUUUGCACGGAAUCAGAAAGGGAUUACAACAUGGAUUUUUUGACUUUGAGACCUUUGAUGUGGAUGAAUAUGAACAUUAUGAGCGAGUUGAAAAUGGUGACUUCAACUGGAUUGUUCCAGGAAAAUUUUUAGCAUUUAGUGGACCACAUCCAAAAAGCAAAAUUGAAAAUGGUUAUCCUCUUCACGCCCCCGAAGCCUACUUUCCUUAUUUCAAAAAGCAUAACGUGACUGCAAUCGUGAGGCUGAACAAAAAGAUUUACGAGGCGAAGCGCUUCACCGAUGCCGGCUUCGAGCACUAUGACCUCUUCUUCAUCGAUGGCAGCACACCCAGCGACAACAUCGUGCGGAGGUUCCUGAAUAUCUGCGAGAACACGGAGGGGGCGAUCGCGGUUCAUUGCAAAGCUGGUCUUGGAAGAACAGGGACCUUGAUAGCCUGUUAUGUCAUGAAACACUACAGGUUUACACACGCAGAAAUAAUUGCUUGGAUCAGAAUAUGCCGGCCCGGCUCUAUUAUAGGACCCCAGCAGCACUUCCUGGAAGAGAAACAGGCAUCGUUAUGGGUCCAAGGAGACAUUUUCCGAUCCAAACUGAAAAAUAGACCAUCCAGUGAAGGAAGUAUUAAUAAAAUUCUUUCUAGCUUGGAUGAUAUGUCUAUUGGUGGAAACUUAUCUAAAAUACAAAAUGUGGAGAGAUUUGGAGAGAAUAAUUUAGAAGAGGAUGAAGAUGUGGAAAUGAAAAAUAAUAUAACCCAGGGAGACAAACUACGUGCCUUAAAAAGUCAGAGACAGCCACGCUCCUCACCAUCUUGUGCAUUUAGGUUGGAGGAUAUGAAAGGGCAUCCAAGAGCAGUGUCCCAGCCUUCCAGAGGCAAACCAUGUCGUAAGCUGCUGUUUGGAGGGAAGAUGAUGAAGAAAAGAGUCUGCAAAUUGAGUUCUUCCCCACAAGGAUCUGCAUCUGCCUUGAAGACCUCAAAAGUGGCUUUGUCCCCUUCGGUGAUGGCCAAGAGGAUAAACAGAGGCUCUUUGUCCUCAGGCACCACUGUAAGAAGCUUUUCCAUGAGCUCCCGGUUAGCCAGUUCCCUAGGGAACUUGAACGCUGCAGCAGACGAUCCAGAGAACAAAAAGACUGCCUCACUCUCCAAGGUGGGUUUCGUAGGCAACCCGUUCACCAGCCUCUUGAAUGGCAGCUCCCAGCCGCCUGCCAGAAAUUACCCUGAGCUCAACAACAACAACCAGUACAGCAGCAGUGGGAGUGCCCUGAACAGUCAGCCGGGCCCUCACAGCGCCAAGACCGAGGAGCGCACCACCGCCCUGCGGCCCUCCUACACCGGCCUUUCUUCUUCCUCAGCGAGAUUCCUGAGCCGAUCAAUCCCCUCCCUUCAGUCUGAAUAUGUUCAUUACUAAGGCCUUGCCACUACGGUGAAAGCUGUUCUACUCUUAGACACAAUUGCUUCAUCUGGACGAGCAAUGUAGAGAGAAAGCAGCUGCUUUUGCCAGAAGAAAAUCUCUGCCUUCUUACCUUAAACUAAAGAGAGCACUAAGAUAAGACCUUCAUGAGACUUGAAACCAGAAAACUCUGGUUAAUGACUACUAUAAAUGCACUGAAACUAUGUUUAUGAAGAUGUCAACCCUUUUUAAGACAGUUUUCAUGUUGAAUUUGGUAUUUUGAAAGGUUAUUUUUUAAUGUAUUUCAUAAUACAUUUGUUAUUACAUUUACAUGUACAGUGUUACAUUAUGUAUGUAUUGUGAACUUUAAAAGACUAUUUUGAUAAAUUUAUAAAUAUAUAAAAUUAUGUAAAAACUAGACUAUAUUUUGACUUAGGUUUUCUUCCUGUUUGCUACCAAAAAUUUGUAUUUUGAAUUUGUUUGGUAUGGUUUUAUCUACAAUGAAUAAAUAAUUCCUCUUUAUAAGAAAAAGUAAGGGAGAAAGUUUUUAGAAAGUGAUUUUUCUGUUCCCACUAUGAAUAUGGCAGAUCAGUUCAUUCUUUUGGGAAGUCAGUCUAACUUAAGUUUAUCCGAGUUUAUCUCUAGCAAGAGUACAGUCAUUUGAUAUGGCUUAUUUACACCAUUUCAUUUCCCUUUGUUUUUGUUGCUGAGCCAUUUAGUUUUGCAUCUUUGGGGGUUUUAACAAAGUUUAACAUCCAGUUGAAGAUCAGAAUUCAUCGAAUAUUUCUUCUGAAAGAAUGGUUUUUCUCUAUGAAAUGACUCUACAGUCUAGAUGCUUUUCUUUCCUCCUCUCAAAAGAGUUCGUAACCCAAUUAGAGAAUUCUGGUUUUUGGUACGAGGUUUUUGCCUGUAUUCACACAUGGUCUGGCACCAGUUCUAAAUCAGUGAGGACCAAAAACUGAAAAAAGAUGCUGCUAAGUAGUUCAAUGUAUUAAUAAAGGAGAUAAGUUUAAAACAGAUCACAAACCCCUGACACACAAGGUAGCAUAUCUGAAACCUAACAUGAAAAUGAAGGGACUCCUAGGUACUUCACAGCCCUUUCAUGUAAAUGUAAUCUUAUAUUUAGGCUCCAGAAGCCUGUAAGCUUCUUUUCCGUGGGGAGUUGGGGAGUCUUUGAUCCUGAUUGUUUUCCAUGCUGCUUAAGAAUGGACUACUCAGAGACAGUUCAAUGGAUUCAUAUGAAGCGCUUUACUCUCAACCAUUGAGUUAUUUAUCAUAUAUUUAUUAGAAGGGGGUACAUUGAGACUAUUAUACAUGCUUCAUCAAAACAUCUUGUUUAUGUUUUACAAUUUAAAAAAGGCAUUUGAAUGAAUGUUUGACUCAGGUUCGUUAAUUUAACCUUCAAAAACUGCAGUACCAAACAAUUGCACUAAACUGAUGAAAAAAGGAGUUGUAUGUUUUAGGAAUCAAAAAUUAAACUAAGUGGAUUAAACUGUAUACCUUUUCUAAAGCUAAAAUAGUAAAAUAUUUUAUUAUGAGUUAUUGUAAAAAGUGAUUGGUUAACUGUAUAGGAAAAUGAUAGUAUUUUUUCAAAAUUAUCAGUGAAGAGUAAUUCAGAUGAUAUUUGAGAAGUGGGGGAAAGGGAACCAUAUUGACAGUUUUAGUUCUGUGAAUACUAAUUUAUGUGCAGCUACUAAAUGAUUGUAAAAUUGACUACUGUAAAUUUUUCAUAAUUAUAUGUGUAUUUAGUCAUGUAUCUACAUGGGUAUGUCUUAAAAUUAUUUAUACACAUGUGCAUACAUAGACAAACCAAGAAGUAUAUGUGUAUAAUAUAGAAAGUAUAUAGCAAAGUGAUUCUACUCCAAUAAUAAAAAUUGUUUGACAUGUAUUUUG